AUGGCGACGCGCGCGGUGGCCGUGCGCGCGAACGCGCGGGCGGGAGGGAUCGCGCGCGAACGACGACGACGAUCCGUGGGUGCGGGUGUCGUUGGACGCGGGCGUUCGAUCGAGACGCGCGCGUGGGUGGGUGCUCCGGAGGGGGCGACGAAGCGUCAGACGCGAUUGCGCGCCGUGUUGAAGGACGACGACGGUGUCGGAUGCGCGGAUGUGAACGACGGUGGGAUGACGGAAAGAGAAGAUGAAUCGAGCGCGGUCGUGCUCGGGAGUGAGGGGUCGGGGGAGAAGGGGGUGAACGUGAGUCUUAUUGUCAGCAUAACCGCGUUGGUCGCGCUGGCGGUGAGCGGGAUCACGUUUAAAGAUGACAUCAUCGGUUCGCUCGGUGUUUUCGUCGAUUACGUCGAUUCACUCGGUCCGACAGGUUACGCACUAUUCUUGGUGGGAUAUGUCGCGUUGGAGGUGCUGGCGGUGCCGGCGUUUCCGUUGACAAUGUCGGCGGGCGCCUUGUUCGGCACGUACUCCGGCACUCUUCUCGUCACAGUGUCGGCGACGAUAGCGGCCACUAUCGCGUUUCUUAUCUCUCGAUAUGUGGCGAGGGAUAAGGUUCGGAAGAUUGCGGACGGUUACCCGAAGUUCAAGGCGAUCGAUAAAGCCAUUGGAGAGGACAGUCUGCGAGUUGUCUGCAUCAUGCGACUCUCGCCUUUGAUGCCGUUCGCAAUCAGCAACUAUCUCUACGGCCUGACCUCGGUAAAAUUCCGGUCGUACGUAAUCGGAUCCUUCUUUGGAAUGAUGCCGGGUACCUUCGCGUACGUAUCCGCGGGUAUGGCGACGAGGCAAGCUGUUGAGGGCACGGCGGGUCUCGGAGCGCUUCUCUCAACUGCCUUCGGCAUUGGACUGGCCGCUUUCAGCGCGGGAUACGUGGGUAAGUUGGCCACAAAGGCAGUCGAAGAAGAUACUGGUGAGUGUCUCACUGAUGAAUGCGAUGCCAGUCGAUCGUUCGAGGAAUCAACUUGA